AUGUCCGACCCAGACCCCCCACCACCACCACAACAACCUCCACCCCUAAACACCGGCUACAACCGCACGGCACUAAUCACAAGCCUAACCAACUACUACACCCUCCUCUCCAAAACCGUCUCCAUCCACCCCUUGCACAUCCACCUCGCCCCACCCACCGGCCACCCCCCCUCAUCCCUCCCCCUCCCCCAGCUCCAGCGCCUAGGCUUCACUCCCACCAUGCUCGACCUAAUCAGCCACCUCCCCCUCAUCACCUCAGCUACGCGUCCCGUAUACCCCGGCACCACCCCCAUCGCCUACACCACCACCCUCUUCUCCGACUACACCGACGAAAACUUUGACGUGAACGAUGCGCAUGCGGUGGGCCUUUGGCCGCUGCCCGAGGAGAAAAUUCCGCAGGGUGUGGUACCGAUUUCUUGGCCGUUGCAAGGGGAUCCGGGGGGUGUGUGGUGGAUGGUUGAUACGAAUACUGGGGGAAAAGGCGAGGUUACGCCUCACUCGAAUUCUAUCACGAGACCUGUCGACGAAGUACCGGAAGAUGAGCAGUGGCGGACUGCGAGACCGGUGCCUGCGACGGAGUAUUUCGAUGGGUUAGCGAGGGAUUUGAUGGAGUUGGAGUUGUUGCCUGUGCCGUUUAAUCCUGGCUUGCUGGUUUGGGAGAUUUGGCAUGCGAGGGGGCAUAGGGAGUUUCAGGUUUUUGCCGAUGAGGCGAAAGCGAUAUAUCGGCAGUGCGAGUGGCCGGAUUUGGAAAAGUUCAAGCGUGCUAGGUGUAAGAGGUUGUUGGAGGAGUUGCAGAGGAGAGUCAGCGCUUGGGAGAAGGCGAGGAGGGCGGCGAUGCCGAAGCCGCCUGCGUAUACGGAUGCGGAAGGGAAUCCGGUUGAGCCACAUUGA